CUUCUUCAUUUCAAUUACUAGCUAUAUCAUGGGAUUACUCGACUUUCUUUUCUCCAUCGUCAAAGCACUUUGUGGAGAGUCGUCUCAGCCAGAAAGUGAAAAGCCUACUGGUGCACAGAGACCACCGCGACCACAGGAGCCACUAUCUCCUCUUCCAGGCGCUUGGCCUACUCCCCAACAGGAUCGUUUAAGAUACCAAGACCGAAACCAAGCCAAUCAACAGAAUGAACACUACACGUCUCUGCGCGCCAAAGCAAACCAAGAAGGAGACGCUAUGGCUAAAUGCUUCCAACAAAGCCACGAUGCGUAUUCUCGUCGUGAGGGUGCGCUAGCUAAGGAACUCUCAGAGAAGGGCAAAAAACACGAACGUACCAUGGAAGCAUUGAACGCGGAGGCUAGUGCAUGGAUAUUCCGAGAGAACAAUUCGGACCGCGAGCCGGGCGAAUUAGAUCUGCACGGACUGUACGUCAAGGAAGCCAUAACAUACUCGGAUAAAGCUAUCAAGGAGGCUCGACAGCGGGGGGAUUCACAGAUCCGCCUCAUUGUUGGCAAAGGCCUGCACUCCAAUGGCAACGUCGCUAAAAUCAAACCUGCCCUAGAGGACUUGAUGAAACAGCUCAAUCUUCCUGUUGAAGUGGAUCCACAAAAUGCAGGCGUUCUGAUCGUACAGCUUGCUUGAUCAUCCAGUGUGACAUGUACCUUUUGUGGCCACUGAAUUACCCGACGGAUCUGAUUCGAUGUAUUACGGCCGCAAUAACUUUUUCGCCUCCCAUUCAAACAUGCGAUUCUACGGAACAAAGAUAUGGUAUUGCUGUAUGUAUAAUAUGUAUCUGUUUCCAUGUAUACCACUGUGACAUAACCUCUAAUGCUAUCGAC